UGGAUGUGGGACGUGAUGGUUGUUGUGUGUGUCCCGUCCUUCACUACAGUGAUUUUAUAGUGAAUUCGGUUCUUAUUCUGCAAACAAACUAGUGAUCUGAUAACAUUAGGUUCUGAUCGAGUGUCGGCCUAGGUGACUUAGUGAAGUGGAGUGUUGACUUUCCAAGUCGUGUGUUUGGGGGACCAACGUGGCGACUAUUCAAACACUGCUGACUUAUUAUAGAUAAAAUAUCUCCAACUAUUGAUUAUAACAAGUGAAGACAAAGUGUUACAUGUUAAACCUACUUUUUAUGAGUGAUCUUUACUAUUGCCAAUUUUUUAGUAAUGAUUCUCUGUAAUCAAUAGUUAAAUUAUUAAUUUAUUUUUUGAGAAAACGAUAACUAAUUAUUUUACCUUAUUAAGUAAACAUCACCAUUUUUUACUUUUUCAGUUAAAACACGAUAUUGUUCAAAACUAUCCUACAUGAUAAGUAACUCCUUGGAGAAAUUGAGUUUUUCGUGCUGUGCCCGCUUGCGUUGGUACGCCUGGCGAGUAGCUUUUGUGCGUCCCUCCCCUCUCCCCUCGCUGUAAUUCUAACCUAGCCUCGGUCGGCCCUUUUGUCGAGUGCGUGUGUGUGUAGUGGAAAGUUGACAUCCGGAGUUUCGUGUCGGUUGACGGUAGUGAAGUAGUGUCUGGUGAUGUCAUGGGAUUAACUGGAUAAAUUUGGAUAUUUUGGAUAUUCUCUCAAUCAGGAUGCAGGCACCACCGCUGCCUCAACAGCCCCGAGGAAGGGUCCGCCUCACGGAGGUCAACCCCCACCUCGUCUGCGUCCUCUGCCACGGAUAUUUCAUCGACGCCACCACCAUGGCCGAAUGUCCCCAUUCCUUCUGCCGCAGCUGCAUAGUGCUCUACCUGGAGACCAAGAGCUACUGCCCCAUCUGUGAGGUGCAGAUCCACAAGACCAAGCCUCAUCUCAACCUGAAGCCCGACAAGACGUUGCAGGACAUCGUCUACAAGUUGGUGCCCGGACUCUUCCACGACGAGAUGAGGAGAAGAAGAGCUUUCUAUGCCAAAUAUCCUAACAGAGAUCUGUAUUUGAGCCCCGAGGCCCGAGGUGUGGGUGUGGAGAGGAUCAUCUACUCGCCAGAAGACAGCAUCAGUCUCUCCAUAGAGUACUAUGAUGAGAAAGACGAACUAGGCCGGGAAGCUGUUGGCCAAAUACUUCCCAAAAGCGAGACAAAUACCGUUAGAUCUGACCGAGAAAGGGAAGAAUGGGCCCCGACCAGACCCGGCUCUUGCUACGACGCUGCUGCCCAGCCACAGCCGAGCCAGAGUCCAACUCCGGCAUGCAAAGAUGGACUGAAGAGGUAUCUCCAGUGUCCUGCUGCUGUCAACAUGAGACUGCUGAAGAAGUUCAUCCGCCUCAAAUUCGGCCUCUCCCAAGCGUGCACGGUGGAGAUUCUGUACAGAAGGGAGUCCCUACCAGACUCCUACUCGCUCAUGGACAUCGCCUACAUCUACACUUGGAAAAGGAACGGGCCGAUGAGGUUUUACUACCGCAUCCAAGUGCCGACACCGAUGAGGACCGAGCUGCCGUGCCUGACACCGUCCUCUGAGCCGAUCAGAGACUCCGUUCCCGGGAAGCUCAAAAGCCCAGAACUCCUGGAUGCGGUGGGAUUGCGGCCCAUUCCGCCCGCCGAGGCUGUCACGAUUCAGCCGAUGGAAACGAACCUAGAAGUGAAGGCGAAGAAAGAUGCUCCUGAAAAAGAAGGAAUCCCGAAGGUCGAAGAGAGGCCGAAGACUACACUCGCCGAUGAUACUGCGGUGAGUCUCCUGCUGGCUCUCAGUAACGGACACGGAGGUCAAGAGCAGCAGAAGGAAGCGGUAGUUGUGGACAGUAAACAAGGACAGGCGUCAGCAGAACCGGAGACGUGCCCGCCACCUACACCGACGCGGCCGUCUAACGCCAACGGGGGAGUGUUCAAAGUGCCUCAGUCCAUGACCAAGAGAUUUGUCAUUAACGGAGGUAAGCUAGUGGCCGUGAAGAACAAGCAGCCAGGCGGGAAGUCGAGUAAAUCUGCAGAGAAGACUAAAGUCAACGGGAAGACCGUUAACGUAGAGAGUUCCUAUUUGGGUGAUCGUUUUACUAAUCCUCUGGGUCUCGUUAGUAACGGUCCUUUAGGAGUUCAGGGAGGAAGACUACCCCCCGGAUCUCCCAGACCGCCUCCCAACUCCGAGAGAGUCAUGAAGACCAAAUACAUGACACCGUCUGGACUACUCGUCAACAGGUUGACUCCAGAAAUCACCCUUUCGCAAAAUAAACCGGUUCAAGAGUCGAUCAAACCUCCGCAGAUCUCAAGCAAUCAAAUGAGACCGGUCAAGACUCAGGUGAAACCGAACGGACACAACAGACCCACCUCCAACGGCCAGCCUCCCCACAGGAAGGAGACCAACAGACUGGAGCAGAUCGUGCAGAACUGCUUGAAAAAAGGAGUCGUCUCAGAAGUCUUCCGAGAGAAAAGAAGCUGAAACGAAAGA